UGUUUGUAAACAUCAGUCGUUUGUGAAUCAAAGUUUUUACAAAAUCUUCCGAAUUUUCUAGCAUUUUCAGCAUAAUAAACUGUGCUGAUAAUCGGGAAUGACUCGCCACGCACGGAACUGCACCGCCGGAGCGGUCUACACCUACCAUGAGAAGAAGAAAGACGCUGCUUCGUCUGGCUUUGGGUCUUCAUCGCGGCGCCUCGGCAAAGACUCGGUCAAGGGGUUUGAUUGUUGCUCACUUACGUUGCAACCCUGCCGAAAUCCUGUUGUAACUAAGGACGGGUAUCUCUUCGACAAGGAAGCUAUUCUUACCUACAUCAUCACAAAGAAGAAGGAAUUCGCCAGGAAAAUGAAGGAAUACGAGCGACAAAUGAAGGAAGAUGAGGAGGAACAAGCGGAAAAGGUUAAUGCCGAAACCAAAAAGCAGGUGGACCGAUUCAUCUCCACCGAGAAGAACAUCGUCAGUUCAAAGCCUACGAAUGCUGCGGAGGAGAUUCCCAGCACCAGCGGAGCCAUCUCGAACGUUUCCCUCGGCAAGCGUAAGGAACUGCCAAGCUUCUGGGUGCCAUCGCAAACGCCUUCGGCUAAAGUGGCCCGACUGGAGAAGCCGGACAGCAAAAUCUACUGUCCGAUUUCCAACAAACCGUUGAAGAUGAAGGAUCUGAUUGAGGUCAAAUUCACCGAAGUGAAGGAUCCGUCGGACAAGAAGUCGCUCAUUGCCAAGGAGAAUCGGUACAUGUGCGCCGUAACGCAUGACAUUCUGAACAAUUCCGUUCCCUGUGCGGUGUUGAAGACGACUGGGGAUGUAGUUACGAUGGAAUGUGUGGAGAAGAUCAUCAAAAAGGAUAUGAUUCACCCAUUGACUAGCGAGAAGAUCGCCGAAUCGGAUAUCAUUCCGCUACAAAGGGGCGGUACUGGAUUUUCGACGACUAACGAUAACUUGCAGGCAAAGGAAGAGCGCCCAGCGUUGCAGUGUUGAAGUGUUAAUGUACCUUACUACUGUAUUUAUUAAAUAUUAACUAUAAUCUGAAUAAAAAUUGAUCACAUUUAAGUCACACAUGCAA